AUGGUUGGUAAUGAGCUUCCAGUCGAAGUGAUCGACUUAAUUCUACAUCAUUUUAUGCAUGAAUCUAAACAAGCGAGUACUACAGAGCGGGAGAACACUGUCGACAAACCGUUCUUAGAUCGGUCGGCCAUCGGCGAGUUACUUCAAUUACGAUUAAUCAACAGCGCUUGGUCAGGUGCGGUUCUACAACGCAUUCCUAUUUCACUUCCAAGAGAUACCUGUCAUAAGGAAUUUCCACGACUAAAAGUUAUACGUUCUGUUGAAGCAAAAUGCAAAGGCAGGAACAUCGAAUGGUUAAAAUUGAAGUUGUUUGAGAACAUGGAGGUUUUGAUAACUUCUUAUUUACGUUCAAAAGAUUAUUGGCGAACCGUGUUAUCCACCCAUACUAUUAGUUCAUUUGUAAAACCUGCCCGAUUCAACCACGUUGUGUUCUUGACCUCUAUGAUGGUGGAAGAUCAAGACUUGGUUGAAAACUUUAGGAAGCAUGGGAUUCAAUGUCACUUCAAAUAUCAAUGGACGUAUCAAGAUAUUUCUAUCUUGCCAUGUGGUUUGAGCAAGGAGUGGUGA